AUGAAGCUCACAUUAGUAGCAUUCGUCCUUCUCUUCGCCCUGAGCACAAAGCCUUUGCUCGGAGCAGCCGGUCCGCCAUUUGAGCAAGUGGUCGAUACUUUUGGCAAAAAGCUCCGAGCCCGUGCCAAUUACUACAUACUUCCGGCAAAUGGUGGUUGCCUUGCACUUGCAAGCAUCGGAGAAAAGUGCCCAAUGGAUGUUGUGGAAGUGCAGGGAUAUCCCGGUCUGCCAUUGUCGUUUACUCCGGUCAACACCAAGAAAGGUGUCAUUCGUGUCUCUACUGAUCUGAACAUCGUGUUCUCUGCCGAUACAGAUUGUCCUCAGUCCAACGAAUGGAAACUCGACAACUACGAUGAUACUACGGGACAGUGGUUCGUGACAACAGGUGGGGUUGUGGGGAAUCCAGGGUGGCAAACAGUGAGCAAUUGGUUUAAGAUUGAGAAGUGCAAAGAAAGUUAUAAGUUGAUGUACUGUCCAACAGUGUGCAGCUACUGCAAUGUUCAGUGCAAAGAUAUUGGCAUUUACGUUAAUGCAGAUGGAAAUCAACGUCUUGCAAUCACUGAUGCGCCAUACAAAGUUCAGUUCCAGCUGGCAGCUUAAAGAUCCUUUUCCACACAAGUAAUAUUUCUUUUUAGUGGAAAGUGGAAAUUCAUUAGAGAAAACUGUACAGAUACAAGUGGCGAAAGCCAGCUACGUCAAAG